GUUUUAUUGUGGUGUUUUCUGCAAACCGCAAAUUGCGUGCGAAUUCUACUAGCACAUCAUUUGUCACCGGCUAUUGAUUAAGACUGAAUUAUUUAGUAUGGAUGCAUACAUCGAGUCUUUCAAUAAUGCAUUUAAACGGAGCAUGGACAAAGCAGAUCCCCGAGUAUCUUCGUUGUUCUUAAUGGGUUCAAUUAAAGGAAUAAUAUUUGUUCUAAUAGCCUACCUGCUGAUGGUUCAUUAUGGGCUGAAGUAUAUGAAAGGCCGAAAGCCGUACAGUGUUACUCGUUUUGUUCUUCUUUAUGACUUGCUUAUGGUCGUUUCAAAUGCCUACAUUGUUUACGAAUGCAUUGCAGUUGCACUCAAUGAAAGGUAUUCACUCAUGUGUCAAAAGAUCGAUUAUAGCUCAAAUGCAAAUGCAUUAAGGCUUGUUCGUGCUAUCUGGUUAUUUCAUGUAUCUAAAGUGGUUGAGUGUUUAGAUACUUUCUUUUUUAUCAUUCGUGGACGGACACAUCUUGUUACAUGGUUACAUGUUUAUCAUCAUUGUACAAUGAUUCCAUUAACAUGGGCUGGUGUCAAGUGGGUAGCCGGCGGGGAAUUAUUUCAACCAGUUGCUGUGAAUAGCUCGGUUCAUGUGAUUAUGUAUAGUUAUUAUGCAUUGGCAGCACUUGGACCUAAUUGGAGAAAAUAUUUAUGGUGGAAACGUUAUCUAACAUUGAUACAAAUGAUCCAAUUCACCUAUGGUAUGCUGUAUUCAUGUGUAUCACUGUGUAUUCAAUGCAGUUUACAAAAGCCCGUUUAUGGCUUAAAUCUAUUCUAUGAAGGCAGUCUAUUCUUAUUAUUCUACAAAUAUUAUCGACAAUCUUAUCAUAAGCCUAAAGGAGAGAAAGCAAUUAAAACGGCUGAAAACAAUCAGUCAGCGGAAAAUGCAAAGCUUGACUAACACACUAUUUGUGUACACACUUUUAAGAGGGAGGGUACCAAAAUAAGAAAUUGAAAAGAAAAAAUAAAUCAACGAGGAAACGUAAAAUAUUUUUAAAAAAAGUAAAAGACUUUUUCUCUACUCAUUCUCUUCUCUUCUUUACUUCUCUCGUGUUUUUUGAUAUUGCAAAGAUGCAUUGUCAUAUAUAUAGAUAUGUGUAUCAGUAAACAUGAGGAUCAUGAUGAUGGAUUUUGUAAGCUACUUUCAAUGUGAUGAUAACACAAUUUGUAUUCUAUCCUCUCACCAAUACGAGAAGAAAGGCGAAGGAUUUACUCAUCUUUCUUUCUUUCUCUCUCUUUCUGUGCGUCUAUCUAUCUAUCCUUCAUUCUAGAUGUGUGUACUUUUAGUGUGUGUUCUGUUACGGGUAAUCAGUAGUAUGUAAUGCUCUUCUCUGUUUGUCUUUUCUUACAAUCGAUGUGCGUGUGUGGUAUUUUCCUUUUGUUUUGACUUUAACAGCUGUUAAUUGCCUUCUUUCUUUCUUUCUUUACCACUACUAACCACCAUCCCAUGUCGUAUGAAUUCCUGUUGUUGUUGUUCGUCUUCUUCUUUUUAGUAGACGUUUUUAUUCUUCCUUUAUAGAUGAUGAUGAUGAUGAUCAUGAUAAUGACGAUGGCAUCUUCUAAAUUAUGAGUAGUAGCUGUGACUUUUUCUCCGCCCUCUGCUCCUUCUCCUGCUCCCGCUCGAAUUCUUUCCUUGGUUCGGUUUUUGUCAUUUUUACACCUUUUUGAUUGUUUGUGAGUUUAAUAUGAAAAUUGGUGGACUUCUUCUUUUUCUUCUUCUUCCACUUCUUCUCCCUAUUUGUAAUCUAGACUUUGAAGCUUUCAAUACAAUGAUGACUGUAUAUUACUUAAUUCUUUUGAUUAAAUAGUAUAAAACGAAAA